GUGGCACGGCGACAGGAAUGACGGUGAACACACCUCUGUGUUUUAGAGGAAAGAAGAUCUUGGCUCCAAUGGUGCGAGUGGGAACGUUACCAAUGCGUCUCCUUGCGCUGGACUACGGUGCUGAUAUUGUGUACUGCGAGAGUUAUCAAAGGAAGCCUUAAACCGACCUACCCUCUUGCUGGUUAGUUCUGCUACACUGACCCAGAGCAUCCAUAUGUGCCCCUCGCUGCACUGCUGUCCUUGUUGCUUAGCUACUUUUCAAAAAGCUGUCUGAAGUGGGAGAGACUCCACUUUGCUGCAGGAGCUGAUUGAUAUAAAGAUGCUUCAGUGUAAGAGGGUAAUAAAUGAAGUACUUGAAACAGUGGACUUUGUUGCACCUAAUGAAAGAGUUGUUUUCAGAACUUGUGAAAGGGAGAGGCACCGUGUUGUCUUUCAAAUGGGUUCAGCAGAUGCUGAAAGAGCCCUGGCAGUAGCUAAGCUUGUAGAGAGUGAUGUAGCUGGUAUUGAUAUCAACAUGGGAUGCCCAAAGGAAUAUUCCACUAAGGGAGGUAUGGGAGCAGCACUGCUAUCCGACCCUGACAAAAUAGAGUCGAUAUUGACGACCCUGGUUAAAGGAAUUUGUAAACCAGUAACCUGCAAAAUUCGCAUUUUGCCCUCAGUUGAGGAUACUGUGAAUCUGGUGAAGAGAAUAGAAAAAACGGGUAUUGCUGCCAUUGCGGUCCAUGGAAGGAAGAAGGAGGAGCGGCCUCAGCACCCUGUCCACUGCGAUGUGAUCAAAGCCAUAUCUGAAGCAGUCUCGAUUCCAGUCAUAGCAAAUGGAGGAUCUCAUGACUUCAUCAAAGAAUACGUGGACAUCGAGACCUUCCGGAAAGCAACAGCUGCCUCAUCAGUAAUGAUAGCUCGCGCUGCCAUGUGGAACCCGUCUGUCUUCAGAAAAGAGGGUCUUUUCCCCUUGAAGGAAGUCAUGCAAAAUUACAUCAAAUAUGCGGUGAGGUAUGAUAAUCACUAUACCAACACAAAAUACUGCUUGUGUCAGAUGCUAAGAGAACAGUUGGAAACUACUCAGGGUAAGAAGCUGCAUGCUGCGCAGUCCACACGGGAGAUCUGUGAAGUCUUUGGAAUGGCUGACUUCUAUGAAGAAACAACAGCUGGUUUUGAAGCAAAGAAAACGUCUUUAGAAACUGAGGCACAAGAUGAAGAUGACCAAAUGGAAGAUCCAGAUGUAAUAAAAAUGGCUGUUAGGUUUGACAAGCGAGAGUAUCCACCACAGAUUACUCCAAAAAUGUAUCUCCUGGAAUGGUGUAGAAAAGAAAAACAUCCUCAGCCUGUCUAUGAAACUGUUCAAAGACCACUGGAUAGAUUAUUCUGUUCAGUAGUGACAGUAGCUGAGCAGAAAUACAGGUCAACUCUGUGGGACAAGUCAAAGAAACUAGCAGAACAGGCUGCAGCUAUUGUCUGCCUGAGAACCCUGGGUGUCCCAGAGGGAAAGCUGUGUGAGGGAGAGAAUCACCCGCUUAACAAACGCAAGAGGGAAGACCAGGAGCACUUGAAUGACAGAGACCACAGAGAAGAUCGUGCUGAGCCUUCCCAUAAAAAAGCUAAUUUUAUUGAAGAAACUUCUGACAUGGAUGUGCCUAAGAUGCCACGAUAGCAUGGAAGCUACAGAUUAGCUCCAAUUUGUAUAUCUUGCUUUUCACCUCUUGUUUGGAUUCUGUUGGAAACAGAUAAAUUCCCCAGUUGUGAAAAGUGCCAAUGAGAUGUUUACUGUUCACCACUCAGUGUCCCUAUGGUGCCUUUUAAACAGGAUAAAUUAGCAACUUGAUUUUAAAGAACAUUGAGAAGAUUAUCCCAAAUAAUAAAUUUUUUUAAAAUAUUGAAUAUUUUCAAA